GGCCAUAUCAGGAAUGAUCCCGACGCUGAUGAUCUCUAGGACUGCCAGCACUGUUGAUAAUGAAUUCAAAUUUCGCGGAAAAUGCGUUUUUCCGUUUCCUACAAAUGAUUCCACCUCUACAUCCGGCAGUUCCAUGUAGCUCGAGCUUUCUUUCUUCACUGCUGGCGGACUCGAGCUAUGAUCGACGAAUUAUCUCCUACGGCGCUGCCGAAUGCGCUGCCAAGGCUGACUGUACCGAAAGUACUCAUUAUUUCGAGGACGCCUAUGGCGUUGCAGUGUUUGAACAGAAUAGCAGAACUUUGAAUGGGAUAUUUGUGUGACUCACAUUAAGUAAGUUGAUAACACGAGUCAUCACGUGGAUAGAAGAGAUCUCUGAUGUAGUGCGCAUAUAUAAUAAUUAAUGAUACAAAUUUUCUCCG